AUGGCACCAUUUUCGCUUGCAGACAUCGUGUCUGCUCUUCCGUCGGAGGACGAUGCUUGGGGCCCCCCAGUCCCAAGCGGCAACACCCUGGACGGUAUUCCUUACGCACCGUUCUCAAAAGGCGACAAACUAGGCCGCAUGGCUGAUUGGAGCUCUGACUCAAAGGACUCCCGCGAAAGGAGGCCGGCAUACAAUCGCAAUUAUAGAGAUCAACAAGUCUACGGUGCAGGAACGAGCAGUCUUUUUGCUGUCCAAGUUGCCGAGGAUGAAUCUUCUUUCUCUGUCGUUGAUAACACGAGAACUUCGGUGAAGACUCGCGGUUUUGGCCGUGGCGGUGGUACCAUCUUCCGUGGCCGUGGCCAACGAGGAGGUGCCCAGCGAGGAAGGGGAGGAGCGUUCCAGAGAACCACCACCGGCCGUGGUGGACACGCUGGCGGUGAUAGAUACUAUGAUCAGCGUGGCGGACGAGGAAACCGGGGCCGUCGUUUUGGCUGGAAGGAUUAUGACAAGCCACAGAGGAACCGUGACAGUUCGGUUACGAUCCGCCCAGAAUGGAGCAUGCUGGAAGAGAUUGACUUCUCCAGGCUUUCCAAGCUGAACUUGGAAACUCCAGAUGGCGAGGAUUUGGACAACUAUGGCUUCCUUUACUAUUAUGAUCGCUCAUACGACAAGGCUCCUGUGAAGAAUUCUGAGCGCAGACUGCAGUCUCUCGACCGCGCUGCAUAUAACGUUACCACUAGCGCUGACCCGGUUAUUCAAGAAUUGGCUGAGAGGGAUGAGGCUACCGUCUUUGCCACUGCCGACAUCUUGUCUAUGCUUAUGUGCGCUUCACGCAGCGUCUAUUCUUGGGAUAUUAUCAUCGUCAAGCACGGCAACAAGAUCUAUUUCGAUAAGCGUGAUAAUGCAUCCAUUGAUCUGGUCACUGUCAACGAGAACGCUGCCGAUGCACCAAUGGAAGCUUCGGAAGGGCAAGCCGGUGCAAAACAGGACGCAAUCAACACUCCUGGUGCGCUAGCCCUCGAAGCAACGAUUAUCAACCAUAACUUCGCGCUCCAAACUGUAAUAGAAUCCGACAACGCCAAGGUGGACUUUGCUCAUCCCAACCCAUUCUACAAUCCUGCCGAAGAAACCGAGCCCCUCGCUUCCAAGGCCUUCAAAUAUCGCCGGUUCGAUCUCUCUCUCGAGAAGGAUGAGGAGCCUGUUCACAUCAUUGUUCGCACCGAAGUUGAUGCUGUUCUAAAGAACAAUGUCAGCGGCGAAGACCAACACGUGACCCUCAAGGCUCUCAACGAGUUCGACCACAAGGCGCAAGGCGCUGGCGGCGCUUUGGACUGGCGUACAAAGCUCUACUCUCAGCGCGGUGCCGUUGUCGCCACCGAAAUGAAGAACAACAACGUUAAGCUCGCCCGAUGGACCACCCAGGCCAUCCUUGCCAAAUCUGAUGUUAUGAAACUCGGUUUCGUGGCCCGUGCCAACCCACGUUCGGCCACAGCGCACAUGAUUCUCGGCGUGGUUGGUUAUAAGCCUCGUGAAUUUGCCCUGCAGAUGAACUUGAACAUGGCGAAUGGAUGGGGUAUCGUCCGAACCAUCAUCGAUUUGGUAAACAGUCUUGAUGGGGAUGACGACGAGGAUGGGCAAGAGGACAAGAUCAAGAAGUAUGUAUUGGUGAAGGAUCCGAAUAAGUCGGUCAUUCGUCUGUAUAGUGUACCUACCAAUACUUUCGAGGAGGAUGACGACGCGGGUGAGAAGGUGGAGAAGGAAGAGGAAAAGGUUGACGAAAAGGAGGAGUGA